AUGAGUGUUGAACAAACAAGAAAGAACAGAGAUAACCAACCUCUUGAAGAUGAUUCUGUUGUUGCUGAAUCAAAGAGGGAACAGCCUUCAGAAUCAUCGUUGCAAAUUCUUCAGAGAUAUUGGAGUGAUUUGAUGCAUGGCGGAGGGAAGAAUCUGAAUAAGAUACGCAUUGAUAAGCCGAGCAAUUCCUCUGCUGCUGUGCAGAUGGUUCUAUCACCGGAAGAGAUCAUGCAGAUAGCUAGGUCAAAAUUAGAGCAGUGUGCCUUCCAGAGCUGCUGUGUUCAUUCCAUUGUUUUUGAACAUUCUUAUUGCAUUAAAGGAGGAGAUGUGGAGCUUGCUCUGCUACUUCAAGCAUCUGCAGAAAUGGUUGCCAAUCAACAAUUUGAUCGCGCGAGGAAGUUGCUGGGCCUCUGUAAUCAGUCUGCUUCUGCUAAUGGUAGCACAGUUGAAAGAAUUGUUUAUUAUUUCGCUAGGGCUCUUAAAGAGAGGAUGGAUCUGGAGAGAGAUACUGAAACAGAAGAAAGUGAAAAGGUUCCAUUGAAUGUUGAAGAGGCUGUGAUGAGUAUGGAGGCUGCGAUAAUUGCGUGCGUGCAAGAUCUCCCCUUCUCCCAGGUCACCAAUUUCACAGGCGUUCAUGCGAUUCUGGACAACAUCACAUCCGCGAGAAAGGUUCAUUUGGUUGAUUUCGAAAUUGGAAGCGGAUCGCAUUGGACGAUCAUCAUGCAAGAUCUUGCUAACAGAUCUGAACCUCCGAUUGAGUCGCUAAAGAUAACCGCCGUCGGAUCCUCGAAGCGGAGGAUUGAAAGGACCGGUAAGUGGUUGUCCUCCUUUGCAGAGACCAUGAAAUUACCCUUCUCAUUCAAAGCAAUCGUGUGCGACAUGAAAGAUCUGAGGAAAGAGCUUUUCGAGAUGGAAGCAGACGAAGUAGUAGCAGUGUACGCCGAGUAUCGUCUCUCAACUCUGCUAGUGUGCCCUAACCAAUUACACAAUCUGAUUGCAGUUAUUCAAACCUUCAAUCCUUCUGUAAUGGUGAUUGCUGAAACUGAAGCCGACACAAACAAUCCAUCUUUCUUAGCUCGUUUCUACAAUCUGCUAUCUUACUGCACUGCAACUCUUGAUUCUGUCGCUACAUGUAUGGAUCGCGAUCAUCAAUACAGGAAAAUAACCGAACAAGUUAUACACUGGGAGCUGAUUCGAAACGUCAUCACAACGGAAGGUCCAGACAGGAUCUACCGCCAUGCAAAGAUUGAUUUCUGGAGACAAUUUUUCGCGAGAUUUGGCAUCGAGGAAGAAGCACUAAGCCACUCCGCCUUGUACCAAGCAAGCUUCUUGAUUCGGAAAUAUCCUAGCUGGAGCCAUUGCAGUUUGGACAUGAAUGGAAAGUCCAUGAUUAUAAAGUGGAAAGGAACUCCAGUAAAGUCCUUAUCUAUCUGGAAAUUCUGCCCAGUUAAAAACAAUUAA